AGCGGCCCGGGCUCGGCGGGGAAGGAGCCGGCGGGGCCCAGCGUGCCAGCGCUAUGCACCCGGCAGCCGGCAGCUUUCCCCUGGACGAGGAGCCCCUCAUCGAGGAGCCCUCGGUGAACAGAUACAGCCGGCAAAAGCCAAGCGACCGCUUGCAUGGGGCCUACGUUAUUUUUUUCCUCCUGGGCAUCGGGUCCCUGCUGCCCUGGAAUUUUUUCAUCACAGCGAAACACUACUGGAUGUACAAGCUGCAAAACUGCUCGGAUCAAGCAGGCCCGACGGGACAGGCGGCAUCGGAUCUGCGGGACUUUUUUGAGAGUUACAUCUCCAUUGCUUCGACUGUGCCCUCGGUGCUGUGCCUGAUCGGAAACUUCUUGCUUGUCAAUAAGGUGCCUGCCAGCGUCCGCAUCUUGUCCUCCCUCUUCGUCAUGUUGGCCGUCUUCCUGGUGAUCACGGUGCUGGUGAAGGUGGACACCUCUGCCUGGACCACCCGCUUCUUUGCCCUCACCAUCGCCUGCGUGGUUGUUGUCAGCAGCGCCUCGACUGUCUUCACCAGCAGCAUCUUUGGGCUGAGCAGCCUCUUCCCCAUGAAGAAUUUGCAGGCGCUGAUCUCAGGUCAGGCCAUGGGGGGCACCAUCAGCGCCGUCGCCUCCGUCAUAGACCUGGCGGCAGCAGCCGAUGUUACAGACAGCGCCCUGGCCUACUUCCUCACCGCCGACAUCUUCAUCGUCAUCUGCAUCAUGGUGUACCUCCUCCUUCCCAGGCUGGAGUACUCCAGGUAUUACAUGAGCAGCCAGAAGGAGAGCCCAUCUCUGGCCACGGCGCCGCCUGACAGCUCUGCGGAGGAUGAGGCAGAGCCAGGAGGCACCACAAAUACCCGUUUCCUCACAAAAAGCACUGGCAUCCCCCCGCUCCGCCCCAUCCUGCAGAAGACCGCCCUCCUCGGCUUCUGCCUCUUCUAUGUCUUCUUCAUUUCCAUCAUCAUCUUCCCUUCUUUGUCCUCCAACAUCGAGUCGGUCAGCAAGUCCUCGGGGAGCCUGUGGAGCACCAAGUACUUUGCGCCGCUCACCAGUUUCCUCCUGUACAACUUUGCUGACUGGUGCGGCAGGCAGGUCACCGCCUGGAUCCAGGCGCCCGGCCCCAAGAGCAAGCUGCUGCCCGUCCUCGUCCUCCUCAGGACCGUCUUCCUCCCUCUCUUCAUCCUCAGCAACUACCAACCCCGGGCUCGCAUCCGGAGGGUGGUCUUCAACCAAGAUGUCUACCCGGUGAUCUUCACGGCUUUGUUGGGGCUGAGCAACGGUUACCUGGGGACGCUGGUCAUCGUCUACGGCCCCAAGAUCGUGCCAAAAGAGCUGGCCGAGGCGGCGGGGGUGGUGAUGACAUUUUACCUCAUGUUGGGGCUGGCUGUGGGCUCCGCCUGCUCCAUUCUCAUUGUCCACCUCGUGUAGAGGAGCAGCCGAGGCAGGGAGGGAUGCCCUUGGUUUGAGGUGCUGCUGUCGGGUAUUUUAGGGCUUUUUCCCCCCAAAAGCCAGGCACGCCGUGGUUUUGGGGCAGGCUGUCUGUCUCGGACCGGGGAGGGGGGGUGGGAUUUGUGUCCAAGGGAAAGCCCUUCUGGGAAGGGGUGUCCCCUGUGCUUGGGAGGUCCUGCUGGAUAUUUGUCACUCCCCAGUUUGACCAGAGCAAAUGGACCAAAAAAGCUUUGUUCUCCCCAGGGAGCUCAGGGAAGCAUUGAGAGCACAGGGAAACCUGUCCCUCACCCCAGUGCCAGUGGGCAAGGGCGGCUUGCUGGUGCCACCGCGCUGGUUUUAAGCUGAAAUCGAGGCUUUUGAUGGCACCUUGGGUUUUGCUGCCUCAUUGUUACGAGUUUGGCCCUGCAGUGUUUCGGUGGUCUCGGGGAGAUCCCCCUUCGUCAAGCUGUGAUGGUGGUGUUGAGCUAAAGGGGAUUUGAGCCCUGGAGCACCUUCAGGCAAGCUUUGGGAGUGGACAGCAGCCACUCCAGGGAGCAGGGCACCAUUUCGGGGGUUUUUUCAUACAUUCAUGCCCCCCAAAAGCCUAUAGAAGGGAAGCCGCUCCACUUGGACUUCUGCUUGCUUUAAUUUUUCCAGAUAAGAUUGAAUUAAGGGAUCAUCCACCCCACAGCACGGUGCUGCUAGUCCUGGGGCAUUAUGUCAUGGCCAACCUGAGACCAUUUCUCCUGCUGUCACCGCUGUGUGACGGUUGUGGACACCAACUCACCUCAGCCCCAAGGAAUGCGAAAUGCUAAGUGGUCCUAACGUAAGGUUUUUAAGGUGCCUUCACUCUGUGCCAGGGAGAGGUCUUAGAGAAGCUCUCGCGUGAUGUUCACAUCAGAAAGCUGAUUAAUUUGCAUAGACAGGCGGCAAAUGGUCUCCAGAUGUUUUCAGAGGGGUGAGCUGCUGUGACACCCAAAAAUACGGCCCACCCGAAGAGGACUGACUGGUUUUUAAAGUCACUUAAGCUUCCAUAUGCAAACACAGCCUGGACUAAAUGCAAUGAUUGUAUUUAUUUUCUUAAACCGGGUGGAUUUAUGACUGAGGAGGGGUGGACUGGUAAGCAUGGAUGUAAUGGCAUAACUUGGCUUUGCAGCUUCAGGGCUGCCAUCUAUGGAAAAUAUUUCCUUUAAGGCUGGAUUAUUAGCAGAUGCUCUAGUAGUGGGAUGUUCUCUCGGCAUCUGCCGCUUGACCGAGUAGCGGUGAAGCUGCUGGUCCGGGUUGCCAGGCCAUCUCCUUGCUGUGCUGGAUGUGGAGGCUAGCGGGAGGGAGGGUGCGGGGCUGGUGCCUUUCCACCCACGGCCGCCCUGGCUUUGCUGGGAGAACAGCAGGAUUGGCCGUGGUUCUUGCCACGGGGCGACAUGUAGGCUUGGUGGGUGUUGUUUUUUUUUUUUUUUAUACAAAUCCUUCCCAGUGUUUAGUGUGGACUCGUUGGCAAUACAGGCGCAGUUUUGCUUUACGGCUGUUUUUUUUAAUCUAAAUGUAAAAUCCAGACACGAGUGGAAAAUUGGCAGGGUGUGCAGGUACUUUACAGCACGUGGCUUUGCACGUGCGGGCUCUUAAUCCCAUUGCCUGGGUAGGUUUGCAGCCCUUCAGCCCCCACGGCUUGGCCAGGGGCUACUUUGGCCACCGUUGACCCGGGUGAAGGUCCACCUCAGCUUGAAGGGCAGCCCGAGGGCGGAGGGCAGCGGUGCUGGCCAGCCGGCUGGGUGCUGCUCAUGGGGGUAAGUCAGUGGUGGCUGAAAAGCCCCAGCCAACCUCGUUGGCAACCAAACGUCUCUUUGUGGCCUUCAGUGCUUCCCACUUGAGAGCGUGCCGUGGGGUCUGCUCUUCUCAACUCAUACAUUUUCCCCCGGUCCCAGGUACGACGACAUUCUGCUUGUUUUCUGAUUGCUUUGCACCUCUGCUGAUCUUCUCCCUCGUGUUACAGACCAAAUACCUCUUGAGACAGAACUUAAUUAUCCCGUACCGUUGCUAAUAAAGUUAAUUCUUGAUACUGUGCA